ACUCACAGCUUCAGGAAGAUACGAAGAGGGUCUUGCUUCAACAGUGAUUGAACGGAACUUCGAUCUCGCCGGAAUUUAUUUAAAUUUCUUAUUUAUUUUUGCACCAACGCUGUGAUAAUAAACCGCAGAAAUGGAGACUUCUCAGAUUCGCCAGAACUACGACCGCGACUGCGAGGCUUUGAUCAACAAGAUGAUCAAUUUGGAGCUUUACGCUUCCUACACUUACACUUCAAUGGCUUUCUACUUCAAACGGGAUGAUGUGGCUCUUGCUGGUUUUGCCAAGUUCUUCAAGGAGAACAGUGAGGAGGAGCGUGAGCAUGCCGAGAAAUUCAUGGAGUUCCAGAACAAGAGGGGCGGGAAAAUUGUCCUUCAGGAUGUAAAGAAACCAGAGCGUGAUAUGUGGGGCAAUGGACUGAUCGCUAUGCAGUGCGCUCUUCAGCUGGAGAAGAACGUCAAUCAGGCUCUGCUUGAUCUACAUAAGGCCGCCUCUGAGAAGACAGACCCUCAUCUGUGUGACUUCCUGGAGACUCACUACCUGAAUGAGCAGGUGGAGGCCAUCAAGAAGAUUGGUGACCACAUCACCAACCUUUCCAAGAUGGAUGCUGGCAACAACAGGAUGGCGGAGUACCUGUUUGACAAGCAAACCCUGAGCAGCUAAAUGCAGCUCUCAGAUCAGAUAUAAAUGAAUUGAAUUACUAUUCUCUUAAAUAUGUUCUUAUCAAACAGCUCUUGUGCAAAUUUUUAAAGUGUGAGAGGUUGAAAGGUUAACAUCAACUAAAGGUUCCAU